AUGAUCAAUGAAGGUGAUGGUAAUAAUUACCUGAGUAAGUAUUCCCAAGAUGCUGGUACUUGUAGAGGUGAAAAUAGCACAACUGAGGGCUGCAAUGUGGACAGGAUCGUGUCAGAUGCUAAUAACGCAGAACAAGAGAUUAUCAUGAGUCGGAAACCAAUUCUAGAGCAAGAUCGUUUCCUUCCCAUUGCAAAUAUAUCCCGGUUGAUGAAAAAUGUGAUCCCUCGUUCCGGAAAAGUUGCCAAGGAUGCAAAAGAAUGCGUGCAGGAAUGUGUCUCCGAGUUUAUUUCUUUUAUUACAUCCGAAGCCUGCGAUCGUUGCCUUAAUGAGAAAAGGAAAACGAUAACAGGUGAAGACAUUAUUGGAGCUUUUGCUACUCUUGGUUUUGACAAUUAUGUGGAACCGCUGAACGCUUACGUGAGGAAAUUUCGGGAAGCUUUUCGUACUGAUCGUAGUAGCACUGAAACACUUCUUGUUGAACCUUCAGGAUCUCUUGCUUCCUUUACGCAGAAAAUAAGUGUUCGUGAAUCGAAUCAGUCCACUUCUUCUGGUGUUUUUACCAUCCAGAAUGAACCAGUACCAUCCUCAAGUGCAUGUGCUCCUCAAAUUAUUUUUGCAAGCGAAGAAGAUCCAGAUGGUUCAAUACGAGUGAUGAGUACAGGCAACGUGCAGCAUUUGCAACUUUUGAUGGAUCCCGCUACUGGCCAACACUAUAUUAAUGUGCAAAAUCCUAAUGGCACUCAACAACUUCUACCUGUGCAGACAGCAAUUCUGCAGGUAACGACAGUUGCUGAUUCUUCUGCCACGCCACUAACCCUAGCUUGUCCGGAAGUGCAGAAUCUAACAGAUGGUAAAACGGCUGACAAAGAACUGCUUAAUUUCUCGACAAAAACUGAAUUUCCGCCGUUAUCGAAAUCUGAAAAUAUAGCUUCGACGUCGUACAAAGAGUGUCGCAGGUUACACGACAUACUGGGGAACAAUCUAGGAGUAGUAUCACCUAUGGACUGA